AUGAGUUCUGAAGUUUAUGAAUUAACACCUUCUGGAAGAAUCAAAAAACCUUCAUAUACUAAUGUUGCUAAUAGUAUUGAAGAUAAUUUGGUAUUUGAUUAUGAUAGUUUGCAAAAGAAAAAAAAUAAAAAAACUGAAUUAAUUCAUAUUGAUAAUAAAGAAAAUCAAAGUAAUAAUAAAGAAGAAGAUAGUCAUGAUAGUGAUACAGAUAAUAUAAAUGAAUAUGAAAAACAAGAAAUAGAUUAUAAUAAUGAAUAUGAUUCAUAG